AUGACACGUUACGAAGCUGCCAGUGCGGAUACAAGUCGGCGCCUGUACCGAGCUUUAAAACAGACGCAGGUCGCUGUGCCAGGCCUCCCACCGUGUUCGGCGCUGGAUUCUCGGUGGGGGUUGCGAGGCGUGUACAGAUUUGCCCUGUCACCAGAAGCCUGCUCUGGCUCCUGCCCCCCCCCCCUUCCGGCCUCUGCAGCGGUGGACAGAGCAAGAUUGGAACAUGAUAAAGUGGACACGCAGCACAGAGCGGGGAAACGCUGGUGGCUUUCUGUUUUCCGAGACUUUUUGUGGGGUCUGGUUUGA